AUGGAUGCAGAACCUUAUGCGAGGUGCACGUAUAUGUUUGAGACGAUCAUGUUCGUUCUUGAUAUGAAGCAUACGUUUAAUGAUAUUGUGAGGGAGGUCUCUGUGGGUUUUAAUCAUUUGAAUCUUGGUUCAUUCGACUUGAGGUGUAUGUUUGAUUUUAAAUUGAAUUCUGUUGAUAUUUUGGUGAGGGAUUCUAAUGGGAGCACCAUUUUGGUGCCUUAUUGUCGUGGGAGUAGUAGUUCUACUUCUGCAACAACAUCUUUGGAUGAUGUUUCAUGUGCUUCUUCAUGUUUGUCAGUGGGUUCAAGCAAUAUUAUUGAUUACACACGGAAUACCUCAAGUCGUGUUAUUGCAGAGUGUGCUAAGAGAUAUUCUGAUGGUUGUCAAUGGUCUAUUCGCGCUUUGAAGAACAAGGUGAAUGGCUUUUUCUACAUAAAGAAGUUGAAUAAUGUUCACACAUGCAAAGGAGUUCUUAGGCAGCAAAAGAGUAAGCUUUUGGGGUCUCAUGUUGUGAAAUCGGAGAUUGCUAAUGAAUUGAAGUCCAAUCCUCAACUCAAGCCUAAAGAGAUUGUGUCUCGUUUCAAGCAUUCUUUUGGUUUAGAAGUGUCUUAUAGGACUGCUUGGUAUGGGAAGGAGUUGGCUAGAAAAGCUGUCCAUGGUGAUGGUGACUCAUAUUCUCAGCUGCUUUGGUAUUGUGAUGCUAUUUUAUCUAGUAAUCCGGGCUCUUAUUGCAUAUUGGAAACUGAUUCUUUAAGUAAUCGUUUCGAACGUUUCUUCAUUUGUUUUUCUGGUUGCAUUGAGGGCUUUAAGUCAUGCAUUCCGCUUCUGUUCGUGGAUGCUGCUCAUUUGAAGAGUAAGUAUAAGGGAUACAUGCUCUGUGCUACUGGAAAGAAUGGAAACCAAGAGUUCUUCCCCUUUGCAUUUGCAGUUGUAGAUUCUGAAAAUCAUGCGAAUUGGGAUUGGUUUUUUGAUCAUCUAUAUAACAUCUUGUCUCCGCAAGGUAGAAAUGUGACUUUUGUUACUGAUCGACACAACGGACUAUUGAAUGUUGUUGCUAGGGUAUUUCCAGAUUCUCCUCAUUCAUACUGCUACUAUCACCUUAAGGAGAAUGCUAGAGGUGUGUACCGAAAGCAAUCUGGAAAUUAUUUUGUUGACAAGAUUGUGGAGGAAUUUAUGAAAGUUGCUUAUUCACCUAUAUUAGCAAGCUAUAACUUCAACUUGCACAACUUGAAGAAAGAAGGUGGUCCGCCUAUUGAAGAGUUUCUGCGAUCUUUGCCGUUGGAAAAGUGGUGCAAUGCAUUUUUCAAAGGAAACAGGUAUGGUGAAAUGGCAAAUAGUGUUGCCGAGUCAUUUAACAAUUAG